AUGCGCUUCGCCAUUCUACCUCUGGCCUUGGGUGCCCUCGUCUCCCACGUCGCCGCAAACCCUCCGCCGGCUGCGGGCGCACCCCAAGUUCAGAUUGUGACGCAUACGGUGGUCCAAACCGUCCACGUCCCUACGACACUAAGGGAGACGGUUCAUGUUACGGUUCCUGUUGCGCAUACAGUUACGGUUGUCCAUACCGCGCAAGUAGCAGUGCCGACAACCGUCAGGGAGACAGUCCAUGUUACUGUUCCCGUAGCUCACACGACGACGGUCGUCCACACCGUGCCGGUCCCUACGACUAUUAAGGAGACGCUUCAUGUCACGGUGCCAGUUCCCACGACAGUCAAGGAAACGCUUCAUGUUACGGUACCAGUCACUCAUACGAGCACGCUCGUCCACACGCAGACCGAGACCAGGGAAAGAGUCGUUACGAGUACCAAAGUCGAACCACAAGAGAAGCUGGUUACGGUGGCAGUCAGCGUCCCUGUCACCGUAGCCGUCACGCGCACCGAGGUCAAGGAGAAACUCGUGACCAAGACGGAUGUCAGCGAGCGUGUCGUCACUGCGGUCGUCACCAAGGUUGACACGCAGGAAAAAGUCGUCAGCGUACCCGUAACCAGGACCGAGACCAGGGAAAGGCUUGUCAACGUCACAUCUGUCCAGAGGCAGCUCGUCUCGGUCCCGGUCACCCAGCUACGAACCGAAACCAGGGAAGUCUCAGUUCCGGUUACCCGGACGGAAACCCGCGAAAGAGUCGUCACCAAGGUCGAUGUGCAGCGUCACGAGGUUACCGUCCCAGUCACCCACGUGGUAACCCACGCCGUCACGGUCCCGGUGACCAAGGUCGAGGUGAAAACGGAGUUCAAAGACAGGGUAGUGGAGAAGGUGGUGACGAGAACCUCUGUCCACGUCAGCACGGUCAUUAGCACUGUCACCGAGAGGGCCGCCAAUGUUACUGCUCCGGUACAUGUUGGCGGAGGGCUUGGUCAACAAGUCACUCAGACCGUCCAUGUCACCGUCACCCCGCCAGGGUGUCUUGCGGCUACCUCGGCAGCUCACCCUGCUCAAACACCUCCCGUGGUCCACGCUCCCGCAGUCCAACCGCCUGCAGCACACCCUCCGGCAGUCCAGCCACCCGCAAUUCACGUUCCCGCAGCCCACCCGCCGGCAGUCCCUGCCCCGGUGCAUUCGCCUCCCCUUGUUAUAGUCGCUCCCCCGGCGGCCCAUCCUCCUCCGGUAGCACAACCGCAUGUGGCCCCCCCGGCGGCGGUACACACACCACCCGCAGCCGCACACCCCCCGAUGCGAGCCGUCCGGUUCCGCUCUUGA